AUGAUAUCAAGCCAUUAUUCAUAACUGAUUGCUUCCUAAAAAUUUGAAAAGGGAAAGCUAAAGCAUUUAACUGGCUAGCAGAGAAGUAAUCACCCAAUUCGAGUCUCAAAUGGCUCUUUUUCUACCACUGCAAAUAUUAUUAAAAACAUAAAAGAAGAAGAAAAUCUGAGAUAAUGUGAAUAAUUAAUACAUGAGUUGUAAGAGGAAUUGCCAGGUGGUUAGAAUCAUGCAAAUACUAGCAGAAGUGGAAUCGGCAGUUUGACACAGAGAUCAAUGAGUAGAUCGAUUGACAAUACAGCUUCAAUGAUAACUACAGCAAGAAAUUUUAAUAAUCUCACAAAUCUUAAUCCCAAUCAUACUAAUUCAACCAAUCUCUCCUCAUAAGUCACUUAAAUAAGAGACCUUAAGAACAAAUAUAAAAAGCAAUAGCCUCAAGUUCAAAUUUAAAAUUUAAAAGAAUUAAAUUCUCAUUAGCACUCUCACUCCUCUCAUAUUCAGCACCAUCAUAGCAAUAAUCGUUCAAAUAAUCAGAAUGCUAAAGACUACUAUGUAAACAACACUUCCUCUUAAUAGUAAUAAAAUGGUGGGAGCUAAAGCAAAAGACAAUCAUUUGAUAAUAGCGUGUCUAAAAUAAACUCUUCAAAUAAUCCAAAGAAGGGAGGACAUCAAAGAAACCCGUCUACAAGCACAAGUAAAAAAGGUGUAAUAUCUACAAGCAUAAAUCUUUGCACUUAGCAAUAAAAUUAAACCAAUAUUUAGCAUUAAACUAAUCCUCUUAGUAAGUAAAGCUAUUUCUCUCAUUACUCCUCAUUCAAUCAGAGUAACAUCAAUGAUAAGACAGAUAGCUUGUAAAUGAGCAUAAAUCCUUCAGAUAUAUCAAACUCAAAGAACAUUAAUAACAUCAAUUCUAUUUAGAUUAUCAAGAAUAAUUUGCAUGUAAGAUAAUAAAGUUCAUCUAAAGAGGGUUUAUUUGAAGAGUAAUCCACAAUAAGACCUGAUGAUUACAGCAGCAUUGAAAAUUAUCAAACUGCAAGAGUAACUAAAAGAAAAGUUGAUAACUAUGAUGAAUGUGCAAACGAACCUGAGGUUUAGGAUGUGGAUUAAACCCCAAAUUCUUAAUAAAGAACCCAUUCAGUCUCCCGUGCGAGAAAAAGUGUAAUAGGUUAAACAUCAUCUACUAUUUUGAUGCUGGAUAAACAACUGACUUAAUUGCAAAAAGAGAAUUAGGAAUUAAAGGACAAACUAGAGAUAUCUUAUUAGAACUAGCACAAUUUGGAAAAUGAGAUGGAAGAGUUUCAAGUUGAAUUCAAACGCAAAGAAGAGGAAAUGAAGCAUAUUAAGAAAAAGUUUCAGGAUUUCUAAAAGUAACAUUUUAGCUGUGAAAAGGAAAGAAGAGAUCUUAAUGAGAAAUAUCAAAAAGCAGAGAAAGAAAAAGUCAAGAUUAAUGAGAAAUAUAUAAAACUUAGCUAAAGAUUGAAGGAUAACAAUGUUAGUAGUGAAGGUGUGCGCAUCAAAGAGUAUUAGCAGAUAUAUUAGAAAUAACUUGAAGAGAUAAAUUCACUUAGAGUUAAGUUACAAUAAUUUGAAGAAAAAGAGAAUAACAGCAACAAUAAUACUCAGAAUAAUACACUUGAUAUGAAUAGCUUAGAUCAUGGUUAAAAGAUAUUCUAACGAUUCUCAAGUGAAUUAGUAUGUGCAUGUCUUCAUGAAUUGAUGCUGGAGCUAUCUCAAAAAAUGCCAAUUACUGGAGAUGAGACAUUCGAUAUUGCCAAAUUCCAGUAAUUUCUAAGAGAGUAAAAUUGCAAGGAAUGUGGCCAUUCUGAGUUAAUAGAUCUAGAACUUGGUUCUAUCAUAGUUUUAGGAUGUAAAAGGAUUAAAGAUCUUACUUACUUAACAGAUGAGCAAGCUGAAAAGCUAAAUAUAAUGACAUAACAGUAUCAAACUACAGCACUUUUGUUGAAUGAAAAAACUCUUUAAUUUGAGCAAUUGCAAUCUAAUCUACUUAAUAUGCUUUAAAUAAAUACCUAGUAAACCCCACUUUAGUAAUAAACAGCCAUCCUAGUUCCUUAGUAAAAUCAUAAUUAUCAAUCGUUUUUUAAUGGCUAGACAACAAUGAGUAGCUCAUAAAUUUAUAAGCAUCUUAAUUUCUAAACAUAAUAAACACUUGGUACUCAAAAUACAAUUGAAGAAUCACCAUAAGUAAACUUCAGCAGAAAGUUUUCCAAUAGAAAUGCGAUGCUAUUAUAAUAAUCUUAAAACUCUAAUCUAGGUUCUUUAACUGGAGGAAUCGUACAGUAAAGCAUGCAAAAUCCAAGUUUUCUUUUUGGGAAUUCAGGGUCUAUAAGUGGCAAAGAAAACUGGAAUCAUGAAAAUUAUAGUGUUAAUAAUUCUCUGAAUGCAAAAAAUUCAAUAUUUAGGAAUUAAAAAUGUCAAAAUAGAUAACUGAUGGCAGUAGGCAGAUCAUAAAGUCCAAUAGAUUUUGGAGGUUAAAGUGCAAUUAGAAAUGAAAGCUCUCCAGAUCAAACAGGUAUCCUAAGCGGUGACACUUCAAUGUUAAAUUUUAAUAAUCAAUAACCGAUCAUGCUUAAAUAAAUGAGUAGACAGCCCUCACAUUAAACCCUCUUAAGCAAUAAAACACUUACAAGUUAAAGAAAGAUUGUGUGA